CACGUGGACAAUUGUAUUUUUCAGAGUUUAAUUAUUAUAAUUCUCGUCUAUUGUUCGUUCAUUCUACAAAUCAUGAGGAUACAGAAAUAAAGGAUUAUUUUUUAAUAGCAGAUAUUAAAAUAGAAGGUUGAAUAAAAGUUUCGGAAAAUGGAGGAAUUUAUAGUAACUCGAUGUGUGAAAAACAAGAAGCAGGCACUCGAAAAAUUCGAGGCCGUGACUUAUGAGGCGCCAAAGAAAAAGCAAAAAAGCGAAACCUUUAUUAAAAACAUAAAAGAUCUGAAAUCGGAAAAUUCCGAGGAGGAAAAACCUCCAAUGGACCCGAGAAAGAAGCAGGAACUCGAGAUGAAGAGGGCCAGAUUUGAAGUGAUGAAAUUCGGGAUGACUGGUUUCAAGAAAAAUAAAGCACGAGAAGCGAAAAUCGCUCUCGCGAUUAGUCUCGGAGCCAGACCUCUGAGAAAUAAAAAACGAAACUACAAGGAAAUUCUGAAUGAGAGGAAAUUGCAGAAGGCGAAAGAAGAGCGACAAAAAACUGCAGUUUCUGGAGUGACGCAGAGUUUGAAGAAACCGAAAAGACGAAGAAAGUUCAAGAAGGAAUCUGGAAUUUUGGGUGUCUAUGGAAAAGUGCAAAGAGACUCUAAAUAGAAAUAAAAAUUCAAUAAAGUAGGUCGAUUGGGUGUCUACUCGCUUUGAAAAUCUAGAAAAACCUGAAAAUUUUCCGAGCAUUUUUUCGAGAUGUGCUCAAUUAAAAAAAAAAUUGUAAUAUAAAAUUAAAAAUAAGAUUUUUUUUAUUUGUAAAA